AUGCUGGACGAUCGGUCGCUGUACCACGUGUCCAAAGACGCCUUCUUUGACUGCGGCUUCACGCGCCUUCCGUCCGAGACUUGGCAGGACAUUCCGGCGAAUGGCACACUUGAGAGCUCUGGCUACACGCUGGACGGCCCCUGCGAGGUCUGGCUCGAUGACACGCAAGUGGUAUCAGGCCGCAAUUGUCGCACGGAAUUCCCGCACGGACAGCAUCAGGUGGACUACAGCUCGUGCGGAGACUCGUGCACCCUCCGGUGGUACUGGCUCGGCAUUCAGCACGUGGAUGGUAUCUACUCGUGGCAGGUGUAUCAGAACUGCAUUGGACUUGGCAGAAAUGCGACGGCAUGGUCAAGAUAG